AUGGUCUUAGGUGGUGUUGAGAUGAAGAAGAGUCUGUUUUGCCGCACCUUUUUCUAUGAAAUCCUGGAAGCUCUCGGCUACGACUCCAGAUACAAAGUCUCUUGUAUUAAAUCAAGGUCUUGUGUUAAUCUCUUCAUAACGACAACCCAUACUUGCCUGCAUAUAAAUAAUAAUGUAUAUGCUACUCUCACCCUUGCUACCAUAGCAGCCUCUGUUGGUGGCUAUGCCCACAUGUUCAGCACAUUUAUUAGUUCUGGAUUCAUGACUUUUCUGAGUGCCAUUUGGGUAUUAAUAUUACUCGUAUUUACACCUUAUGAUGGCAAAAACCAGCUGCAGAGACUUUCUCUCCUUGGUAUCUUUGCCUUCUUGACUGGCUGUAACCUUGGCCCAUUUUUGAAUCUGGCUGUGACUAUCAACCCUGCAUUGAGGUACACUGAUGUCGGUAUUGUUAACCCUCAUUUGGUUUCGAUAUAUAAUAUCUUCUUUGGCUCUCAACUCCUUUUUAAGGCAAAUUUGUACAUUGGUCUAGCAGUCAUGUGUGGCUUUAUAGUCUAUGACACUCAGUUCAUUGUUGAGAGAGCACGCCGAGGAGAUAUGGACUAUGUGAUGCACAGUUUGAAUCUAUUCGUUGACUUUGUUGGAGUAUUUUGGCGCCUUCUCAUGAUCCUUACAAAUAAGGUGAAGCAUUUAUUUGAAGAUCUACUUUACUGUCAUUUUUACUGUUAA